AUGCAUGACAGCGCACAUAACAUCAGAAAUGCAUUUCAUGAGGAUCAUUCAAGCAUCGAUCUGUUGCCUGGUCUCGAACCAAAGUUAUGCGUCGCGCUCAAAACAAGCAAAAUCUGUCGGCCUUUCAAGAUACAAGCGGACACUUGGAGACACACGGGCGGUGGCUUGAGCUUUGAUCGCGAUUUAUGCGUUAGCGCUCCAACGGGUAGUGGGAAAACUCUAGCAUAUGCGAUACCAAUCGUGCAAGCGUUGUGCCGUCAAACAAAGCUCAGUCAUCUUCGCUCCCUUGUAAUAGUGCCAACUGGUGACCUUGCCGCACAAGUCGGCAACGUGUUCAAACCUCUAUGUCAGGCCGUCGGUCUUAAAGUCAGCAUUGCGCAGGGGUCGGGCAUAAAAUCGUUAUAUCAUAACGAUGCAUUUGGCGAGCAGAACGCGUUUAGGCAUCACCCUGCAGUGAAGCAAAAGUUCAUCACAAGCCUUACUGUACAAACAACGGUCACUGAUCUAACAUCAAAUACCGAAGCUGAUAUCAGGGAUGUUGACAUAUUGGUAACACCCCCAGGUCGACUUGUCACACUGAUUCGUCGAUUUGCUAGACUGUUUCUCGAUAGGGUCGAAUUUUUGGUGAUCGAUGAGGCCGAUCGCGUCCUUCGCCAGACAUAUCAAGGUUGGCUGCCUCUGGUGAAUAGGACUGUCGUGACAGGCACAUUUCACACUAGUCUUGGCGACCGGGGUGCCUCACGUAGACGGCUGAAAAAACUUUUGUUUUCCGCAACUCUAACGCAAGAUCCUGGUCGUCUGGCUGGUCUGCACUUAAAGGCACCCCAUCGGAUUUCAACUGUGGUUUCACAAGCUAUGCGGGAAAAUCGAUACUUUCUACCCCCUGGUUUGAAGGAAUAUGUGAUAAUCUCGAGGGGAGAUGAGAAACUCCUGGUGCUUUGCGCACUGUUAAAACGAAUUGGUCCGACGCCUGCUAUUGUAUUCACGGCCUCUGUGGAUGCGACGCGACGUUUGUUUCGUCUACUGCACUUGAUGAUUGGUUUGCCAUCAAAGCCCGUGGAAUAUAGCUCAUAUGCGCCUCUGUUGCACCGGACAGAGUCACUCAAACUGUUCAGAUCAGGACGCUGCUCACUCCUCGUCGCAUCAGACGCAGCAACACGGGGUUUAGAUUUUGAACAUGUUGGAGUAACAAUCUCAUAUGAUGUUCCCACACAUCCAAAGACCUAUGUCCAUAGGGUGGGGCGCGCAGCGCGAGCACAGCGCCGCGGUUUGGCAUACACCAUCUGCCGUCCGACAGAGGUUGACAAAUUUCAUCUUAUGCUCACAAACAUAGGCGUCCGAAAGGAGGAUAACGUUCUUCAGCAGCUAUUUAUAUCCGAUGAAGAGAUUCUGUCCUUUUCUCGAAAUAUGAAGCAGGCAAUGAGUGCAAUGAAUCUCAAAUUAGCAGCCCGCCGAACUAUCAUCAGUCAUUCUAUUUCUAAAGACGGAUUGCAAACUGAAUCAGAAGUAGUGCGCGUGGCGGCUGAUCAAGCCAGUCACAACUUCCGUGUAGCUCUACAAGAAGAUCGUUAA